AUGGACGACACCUACAUGGAUGACGUCAUCACCGGUGCGAAUGAUGUGGAAACAGCAACGCAGAUGCAGAUUCAACUGAAUGCGAUGCUGUCAAGAGGAGGUUUUCAACUUCGCAAAUGGGCAUCCAACUGUCCAGCAGCCCUAGCAGGUAUUCCUGAAGAAAAUUUGGCGAUUCGCACUUCGGAUGAGAUUAACUUGGACCCUGAUCCAGCAGUAAAAACCUUAGGGUUGACUUGGAUUCCUUCUUCGGACAUUCUAAGGUUCCAGUUCAUCAUUCCUUCGCUGGACAGCGAUACAGUUCUUACCAAACGCAGCGUGUUGUCAGUGAUUGCCACUUUAUUCGAUCCCUUAGGGCUUCUGGGAGCUGCUAUUACUACGGCAAAGAUAUUUAUGCAGCUUCUGUGGACCAUACGCGACAAGAAUGAACAACCCUUAAACUGGGAUCAGCCGCUACCUCCGAUGGUGGGUGAGUCCUGGAGAAGGUUCCACGAGCAACUACCCAUGCUCAAUCAAGCACGAAUAGAAAGAUGCGUAAUAAUUCCGGAAUCGGUUGAUGUUGAACUCCAUUGUUUCUCCGACGCCUCGGAGAAGGCUUACGGUGCUUGUCUUUACGUCCGGAGCACUGAUGCAGACGGGAGGGUUAAGGUUCGACUACUUUCUUCCAAAUCGAAGGUGGCUCCGUUAAAAUGCCAGACAAUCCCUAGGCUGGAACUUUGCGGAGCGGUUUUGGCUGCACAAUUGUAUGAGAAGGUCCGAACGUCUAUAAAAACAUCAGCCAACGGUUACUUCUGGACGGAUUCCACUUGCGUUCUACGAUGGUUACAGGCUUACCCAACAACGUGGACCACGUUUGUCGCUAAUCGUACGGCAAAAAUUCAAUCUAUUACAGAAGGCUGUCGGUGGAGUCACGUGCCCGGAAUCCAAAAUCCGGCCGACCUUAUUUCCCGAGGCAUCGCCCCUCAAGACAUCAUCGACAACCAAUUCUGGUGGCGAGGUCCCACCUGGUUGGAAGAGAGCUCGGACAAAUGGCCAAGAUCAUUAGAACCCCUAACAUCUGGAGAGGAAGAGUCCGAAAAACGGCGGACAAUUAUCGCAACAACUGCUUCCAGUGUCAGCGAGUUUAACAAGGAAUACAUCAGCAAGUUUUCUUCAUACAACGACCUCAUACGCCGCACCGCAUACUGGUUGCGUCUGAUGAAGUUGCUCCGAACACCAAUAACUAGUCGGAAUGAUGUGGGAUUUCUCACCACGUCAGAAUUAAGGGACGCAGAAGGUACGUUGGUUCGUUUGGUGCAGAAGGAAGUGUUCGCCGAGGAAUUGAAAGCAAUCUCAUCGGGAGGCAAGGUUCCAAAUAGGUCACAACUACGCUGGUUCAACCCAUUCCUUUCCAAGGACCAACUUCUUAAACUAGGAGGACGACUGAAGCACUCUUUAGAGUCAGACGAAGCAAAGCACCCAGUUGUUCUUCCAGCUCGGCAUCCGUUCACCCGACUGCUCCUUCAGCAUUAUCAUGAACACCUACUUCACGCGGGGCCGCAACUAAUGCUAAGUGUACUUAGACUCCGAUUCUGGCCGUUUGGAGGUAGAAGCGUGAUCAGAAACAUCGUACAUAGAUGCCAGAAAUGCUUUCGAUGUAAACCCACUUCAGUGCAACAAUUUAUGGGAGAUUUACCAGCAGCUAGGGUUACCGUAUCCCGCCCGUUUUCUGACGCAGGAGUCGACUACUUUGGCCCUGUUUAUUUACGCCCAAUCCCACGACGUGCUACAGUUAAGGCCUACGUAGCAGUUUUUGUUUGCCUUUGUACGAAGGCAGUUCAUCUGGAACUAGUGUCAGAUUUAUCCACUGACAGGUUCCUGCAGGCGCUUCGCAGAUUUGUGGCGAGGAGAGGACUGUGUACUAACAUUUACUCCGACAAUGGCACUAAUUUCGUCGGUGCACGCAACCAGUUGAAGGAUCUGCUGAAGCUGCUGAAGAGCAAUGAUCAUAACAGCGCCGUAUCCAAGGAGUGUGCCAAGGUUGGAAUUCAGUGGCAUUUCAUACCACCGAGUGCCCCGCACUUCGGUGGUUUAUGGGAAGCGGCCGUACGAUCAACCAAACACCAUUUGCUGCGUGUAAUAGGAGAAUCACCCGUGUCUCCGGAGGACUUUACCACACUUCUUACCCAGGUCGAAGCUUGCCUCAACUCGCAAUGA